CCCACACACCACACAUAUAUCACACACACGCACACACACACACCACAGACACACCAACUUCAGCCCUUCAACUUGAUGAAGUUUUCCUCUAAACUUUACAUUCCGCACGGAUCAGCAGCCCGUUCAGCAGCAUGCCUUCGUCCAACAAGUGGUGGAUUUUGUGCGCCGUGUCGCUCUACUGUCUCGCCCGUUUUGGGUCUUGCAGAAGAGAUAGAGCACAUGGAGCACCACCUGAGCUCUUCAUCUUCAACGAGUUAUGCGCCCUGAAGGAUGAUCCGGGGCCAUGCAAGGCCAUAAAGGACAGAUUCUUCUUCAACGUCGACACCGGACGCUGCGACCCGUUUGAAUACGGAGGCUGUGGGGGAAACGCCAACAACUUCGAGACCUUGGAAUCAUGUGAGGAAAUGUGCGUCGUCUCCGACGACAAGAACCCCUGCCACCUAGCCGAGGCUCCAGGUCCCUGUCGAGGGCUUGUGAAGCGCUACCUCUUCGACAGCAAGACUCAGCAGUGCAGGCAUUUCUUUUAUGGCGGCUGCUUUGGCAAUGCCAACAACUUCAGGACCAUGGCUGAGUGCCAGGCCAAAUGUCUGAACCCAGCAAAACCAACGACUAAACCAGAGGUCCAGACACAGUCUGCUAGAAAAGCUGGUGGUGUGCAGCCAACCGUUGUAACUGGGGAACUGACUGCAAGUGAACCUCUUGUGCAACUGAAUGACAGUAAUCAAGAGACCAGAGAUGACCUCAGUCCUUCAGAGCAGUGCUUCAGUCCUGUGGACAGAGGAACAUGUCACGGUGUAGAGAAGAGGUUUGCAUACAACUCAGAAAUCAAGAGAUGCCAGGUGUUUGUCUACAGCGGCUGUGGAGGAAACGGGAACAACUUCACAUCCCGGAAACACUGCAUUCACAAGUGCAUUAAAAGCAAAAGGGGUCAUGGGAGGAAGAUGAUCCGAAUAAGGAAGAAAAACCUGGACAGCAUUGUUAACCGCUCGGUCUGAACACCUGGCUCUGCCUGGGAACCUGCAGCGCUGUGCAGUCAUCUGUAUUUAUGACAAAAUUGAUUUUUAGCUUUACUCAUAUCUUUUGUUUUUCACUGUAUAUCAAGACAAGUCCACCACAAGCUGUGUCAUUGUUUUUCGCAGGGGUGUAAUGUUAAACUCAAAAAGAAAAAAUAAUCAUAACAACGAAGACCAUCUUGCAAUUGGAUGAUUCCAGGGAGCACAGGGUCUGUACUCAGUAGCACUCUUGGGCUUGACCACAACCAUCAUCGAACUCUGCCUUCAUUCUGAUCUCAUCUACACACCUCUGAAGUUUUGUGACUGUAUCUUGCACAGUUAUGAGGCUACCAUGUUGACAAACUUGAAUGAGAAGGUGUCCAAAGGUCCAAACUUUUGACCGGUAGUGUAAAGUCCUGACAGUUUACUCCAGACUGUCUUUGUGAUGGUUCCUGCUAGAGCAGGUGUCCACAGGGCCACUUGUUGUCAUGAUGACACACACAGACAGACUCACAACAAGAAAUCAAUACCUGUUCGUAUUGCGGCUUGUAAAAGUAUUUCAUGGUCAAAAUGCACCAUGCUGAGCCUGAGCUGCACUGUGCAUCACCUGCCAUCUCACAAGCAAUUCAGGGAGUUUGCUGUGUCUCUGUCCUCUAUAAUCCUGUUGUCAAUCAGAGCAUAAUUCACUGUCUGUACAACUGUUUGUCAUGUUCAAACUACGACGUUCAGUUUCUACUUAAGUAUUCCCAUUUUGUUGUACUACAAUUAUGGUUAGAGGUUUUGCUAGUUCACCUGUCUGUGUGAAUUUGUGCUGCUCAGAAUGCAAGAUAUUAACAAAAAUAAAUACUGAUGACAGGCAAUUGAUGUUAUAAAUAAUGUCCAUGUCCUGUUGUUUUUGGUGAGCAACAGUCUGAGCAGCAGAGACACACACAGACAGGUGAGUUCUGAUGCUCAAGGAGCAUGAGGUGCAUGACAGACUGAAACAAUGUCGACUUUGUGGAACAUUCUCAUCCUUAUAAGUGAACUCCAAGUUUAAUAUAUGCAGCAUCAAUUCAAAAAUUCAAAGUAAGUCAUUUCUGGACACAGAAAGGGGAAAACCUUUCAAUGCUGGAUUAUACAGGGUGUCCCUAAAGUCGGGGCUAACUAUAAUUUUUUGGCCUCCAGAGAUUAUAUAUGGACUAUUAUUUUAAAUAUAUCUGAUUAAUUAUCAAAUAUAUAUUAAAAUCAAUAUUUUCAAAAAACUAUAUAUUGAAUAAAAUGUUCAAAAUGUAAUUUCUUGAAAAUAUGUAUUUUUGCCUAUGUGUCCAGACUUUGGGGGCACCCUGUAGAGAAAAACCAGACAAAACUAAAGAUUAUCUUUAAGCGACCAUAAAGAGAAUCAAACAGACAAACAAGGCAUGAGAAAACAAUAAACACUUCAGCCACUGGUGAAGCUCGCAACCAUAAAUGAGAAACAUGCAGCUCUAGAACCAGAGACACCUGCCAAGAGACAAAACACAAAUAAGAGGGAGUAGACACAAAGUUAACAACAUGCAACUGUGGCAUAUAAAUGCAUGGAGAGUGAGGAAGAGUAGAGGAGAGGUGCUCAGUGCAUCAUGGGAAGUCAAACAGCAGUCUAAGCCAGCAUAACCAAAGGAUGGUUUAGGUUCACCUGAGCAUCCCUAAGGAUAUUCUUUACCAAAGAGGAAAGUUUUGAGUCUAAUCCUGAGAGCAGACAAAAUGGAGAGCUGGAAGAGCUUUAUUGGGGAAAUGUGCGACUAUGACGUCUUUAAGAUAAGACAAACCUUCGGAGCUUUGUAUGUGAGGCUAGGAUUUGAAUUAUUCAUUUCUAUUCUGGAUUUUAGAGGGAGCCAAAGCACACUUUUGGAGGCAGUCCUGAAUUCAUAAGAUCCCAGGCCUUUGUUCUGCCAGUGCAUCUACACUUCCAUAGUGGAGAAGUGCCUGUGGAAAUGUAGGGUACUUAUUAAGAGUUGCUGUUUAUCCUAUAUGCAUGUCAUGAUCGAUACAGUUGAAUAAAGUGGAAACACUUAAAACAGUGCAAGCUGCUAUAGAUAAAACAUACACGGUUAUAGGACUUACAGAGUAGAUUGAAGCAUCCUCUGUAUAGAUGCUAAAAGAUAAAAUGCUAAACUGCUUGUGAAGCAGCAGAUGAGGAACAACGGUGUUUUAUUGCCUGUGUUAUUAUUCACCAGGCAGCAUCUGAUGAGCCCAGAACAGCAGAUUAUAAAGAAAAACUGUGAUUAAAAACACAUGGGUUGUGGCACACUUGACUUGAAAUAACAGUACUUGUGUAAAAAUCGUUGCUAUUCUGUCAGAACGAGCUUUUAUUGACUGAAUCAUUAUCGCUUCAAUAUCUCACUGACAAAAAACAGAUUUGUUUUGCUGAUGUCUAAAAUAGCAGCUGUCUGCACAGAUGCUUUGCAUAUUGUUUAUUUUGUACACAUAUUUUAUGUCUUUUUAAUUUUACAGUUUCAGGACAUUGUUACAAUCAUCCUUCCUUCAUAUUUCUCACUGUAACCUCUGAGGGAAACACCAAAGUUUGUACUGCUUGUACUGCAUAUUUACUGUAACGGAUGCUUUUCUACAAUGGUUUUGGUACAGCUUCACUGUUGUAAAUCAAUGUGCGCAACAGCAUUAGCAGCUUAAACUACCGCACAGGCCUUGCAGUACCAAUGACAACAAUAUGUAGAAUAUUCUCAUGUAAACCUUUUGAUUAAGAGAACCACAAUUUCUCAGCUGUAAAUCAAUGUGAUGAGGGUAAAGACUGUUUAAAAGUAUCAAUCAAUCUUGCAGUCCUGUUAGUGUUGUUGGUAAAGAAAAACACAGGGGGGCAGUGUUGUAUAAAGACAGAAGGUUGUGAACAGCGAUCCCUCUUGCCUGCACAUUAUUCCAUUUACUAUCUUGUUUUAUAACCAUGACUGUAAUAGACUGGACUGUACGAGUUUAUAUAAUAAAUUUUUACAAUCUUC